AUGCCGACCGCCGGGCUCAAGACCAUCAUCGCUCUCUCCUUUGUCCUCGCCGUGGGCUUCCUCCUCGUCAUCCUCUCCUGCGCCCUGUGGAAGGUCUACUACCCGCUCCUCGUCGUCGCCACCUAUGUGCUCGCCCCGGUGCCCAACUGGAUCUGCGGUCACUGCGCCAACCCCGAUGACUUCGUUGAGAGCUCCGGCGCUGCCGUCCUCGACCUCGGUCGCUUCUUCACCGGCUUCUUUGUCGUCAUGGGAAUGGCCCUCCCCGUCGUCCUCGCGCAUUCCGGUCUCAUUGAGGUCCAGGCCAUGAUCAUGUCCAUAGUUGGUGGCCUGCUGAUUUACGGAACCAUCAUCAGCUUCAGCAUGUUUUUCACCGAGGAGCAGGAGUUCUAA